AGGUCUCGGACCCGGAGUAGGAGGCGGACAUGGCCCGGGCCAACAUCUCGGUGACGGAGAGCCAGUUCCGGUGCCCCAUCUGCCUGGAGCUGCUGCGGGAGCCGGUGUCCAUCCCCUGCGGACACACCUACUGCAUGGCGUGCGUCAGCAGCUACUGGGACCAGGACUCCAGCCCGCUGCGGUGCCCUCAGUGCCGGGAGAGCUUCAGCCCGCGGCCGGUGCUCCGGAGGAACACGGUGCUCGCCGAGCUGGUGGAGCGGCUGCAGCUCAGCGAGCUGGUGGCGGCUCCGCAGCUCUACGUGGCCGGGCCCGGGGAGGUGCCGUGCGACUUCUGCCCGGCGGAGGGCAGGCUGCGGGCGGACAAGUCCUGCCUGGUGUGCCUGGCGUCCUUCUGCGAGCUGCACGUCCUGCCGCACCGGGAGGUCGGCCCCCUGCGGCGCCACAAGCUGGUGCCGGCGCUGGAGAGCCCGGCGGGCCGGCUGUGCGCCCAGCACCGGCUCGGCCUGGAGCCCGCGGGCAGCGAGGCGGAGUGGAGCGGGGACUGCCUGCUGUGCGAGGCCGACCAGGAGGAUCUGCCCGAGGGGGACGCGCAGAGAACCAGGAGACAGCUCCAGCUCCAGGAGUCUCAGCGGAUGUUUCAGGGGAGGAUUCGGAUCGGAGAGCGAGACAUAGAAGAGUUUCAACAGAGCUUAGAGUCCCUGAAGGUGUCAGCGGCGUCGGUUCUGGAGGACGGUGACGCUCUGUUUGCUGACAUGUCCGCUCGUCUGGAGAAAACUAAAGCCGAGGUUCGAGCGCGGCUGGAGGCCAAGGAGCGAGCGGUGGUGGGGCGGGCGGAGCGCGACAUCGAGAUGCUGGAGAAAGACGUGGAGGAGCUGAGGAGGAGAGACGAGGAGAUCAGUCAGCUGCUGCAAACAGACGACAACACACACUUCCUGCAGGCGGCUCCUCUGCUGUGCGGCCCGCUGGCCACGGGUCGGCCCUCCAGAGCCCCCAGCCUGCCCACUGAGGCCUUCAGCAGCGCCCGCAGAGCGCUGGGACACCUCCGCAGCCGGAUGGAGGAGGUCUGCAGGGAGGAGGUGGACAAGAUCAACCGCGCAGUCAAUGAGAACUACGUGUCUGGUGGAGAGUGUGUAAAAGGUGGCAGAAAUCAGUGUGCGGAGAACACCAAACCUCAGCACAUGCAACUACCUGCAGGUCAACAUGCCACCACAAGGGCAGUGCCCGUGUCAUUCCCUCUGUCCUCUUUGUCUCUGCAGCCGGCUGAUCAGAGGAUGAGGGCAGCUUUCCUCAGGUUUUCGUGUCGUCUGUCGUUGGAUCCAGACACGGCCCACCCGACUCUGAUUCUCCUGGAGGGGCCCCAGGGGGCCCACUGUGGCGAGGAGCCCCAGUCCUACCCCCCCCACCCGCAGCGCUUCGAUUCAGUGGCUCAGGUCCUGUGCAGGGAAGGCCAAUUUAAUGGUGCCAGUUACUGGGAGGUGGAGUGGAGGGGUGGGGGGUGGAUUGACAUCGGCGUCACUUAUCGAGGAAUCGGACGCAAAGGUGGCGGGAAGCCCUGCCUCUUGGGGCGCAACGAGAACUCCUGGCGGCUGAGGUGUACUCACGCCGGAUAUGCCGCCUGGCACGACAACCGUAAGACCACGGUGGCGGCGCCGCCCUGCCCCAGGAUUGGCGUGUUCCUGGAACGCCAGAAAGGAGUGUUAUCCUUCUACAGCGUGUCGGACACAGUGGUGCUGCUGUACACGUUUCGCUGCCUGUUCUCACAGCCGCUGUACCCGGCCUUCCGCCUGGACCUGGACUCCACCCUGCUCAUCUGCCCUCAUGAGCGAGGCAACGGAAACGUCACCUAGCGCUCCCUCCUCCUCAUCCAGGAGCCUUCACUUAUAGGGACUCCUACAGAAAAGGGCUCUUCACUCUGCUUAGGGAUAUUACUAAAACCUGAGGGUUGGUGAAGUGGUAACAACAUCAAGAAGAAGUAUCACAGUCAGGAAUGAGACUUUCAUUCUCAUUUCUGUGUCUUCUGGUAAAAACAGAUUUUUCUUUGAUUGCAAAAUAUUCUUCUGUUGGAUGAGUUGAGCUGAGCUGUGAACACUGUAGCUGAUCUUUCACAAUAUGCCUUUUUAUCAUCGUACGUAAUGACCUGUCCCUGCAUAGAUCUUACAAAGGCUCAUUUAAGUUAAGGUGUCCCUGGAAGCCGUGAAAUUGUGACAUUAGCUGUGUCCCAUUUCAGAGGCCACAUCCUUUCUGCAUCUGAAGACUGAUCACAUCACAGCAGUGCAACUCGAUUGUCCCAUUUCGAAUACUCCUUCAAACUAGGAUGAUAAGUGCGUCCUACCAGUCCCAAACGAUGAGGGAUCCAAUGAGUGGAUCCUUCUUGGGUCCGUCCAUCCAAGGAGUCUUUGCACAAGUUAGCAGUGCUGGUGGCCAGACCGCAGUUAUUCUAAAGCCAACGACGAAACCAUGACACGGAGACAAGCUGAUAAUGCAAAUAGGGAACUAAACCGUCAAAUUUUUGGUUCGGCCUGCGUGGUCUGUUUGGUCCACAAAGGCCUUCAAGUCCUUGAAGGAUGUGGCUGCUGAAUUGGGACAAAGCUAGUGAGGAGAUAGGUGAGAUAUCUGAACCCUGAAACUGAAACACCUUAUUGUCAACCAGCCAUCAUCUGCUGUACUAUUUAUAUCCUGUCUUAUCCAACUGGGACAUCUCCUGAGUAAGAGGCCUGAAAAGGUGCAUCACAUCCACUUAAGUGGUUUACUACUUAAAAGUAUUCCCCCCUAUUUUUUUUUACACUGUCUUUUCAUUGUGGUAAAAGAAACAAGCUGUAUUUAUGGAUAAUAUUUUCCAUCAUGUUUUUUAUUUAACCCAGUAAAACCACUGAGAGUUGAAUACCCACAGAGAGAGAUUUGACAUAUGGGGAACCUCACGAAUAAAAAGUGGCUACGCUAACAUACACUAAUGGUGGCUUCAGAUUUACAGUGGAAUCUUGAGAGUGGUUUAGAUCUUUUUUUAUCUAAAACUCAGCGAGGAACCGAAGAAGCAUAAAAAACAAAUUGUUCCUUUCGAGGCACAUUUACAUUGCAGAUCUUCAUUCGCAAUUUCUGUACAGCAAGUAAGCGACAGCUAGCAGCUGGUUAGCUUAGCACCAAGGCUGGAGGGAAACUUCAUCUCGCCAGGCUCUGUCCAAGGAUAAGAAAAACCUAGAUUUCACUUUAGCUUCAACACUGAAAGUCAGUUAGCAAGACGUGCUGGUAGCUUUUCAUGUUGGCUUAAAUUGUCGAGAGUGGUGAGGGGCUGUUCAGCUGCAACCGGACACUUCACCACUAGAUGUCCCUAAAUUCUACGCACUAAACCUUUAAUUCAAAAGAUUAUUUUAUGAUACGUUAACAUUGCAGGUCUUUAUUACCAAAUUCAGAUUUCUGAUAAUGUUUUAUAUUGUCUCCAUUUUGCUAAUGCUGGUGCAACAGAAGCCAUUACACUUUGGUCAUAAAUUUGAUCUAUGGUAAAUGAUUUAAAAUUUAAUUAUCAUUUCAAAACCGGUGAAGACAUUUACUGCAUGACUCCAAAGUGAAUCCUGUCACGUUUAAAUCUCGUAUCCAAUCACGUUUGAUUCUGUUAUCUUAUUUUUAUUUAUUCAUCUAUAAAUAAUAAAUAGUAAUUUGGGGAAAUAAGUGACAUACUGCAAAUGGAAUCUGUUGUCACAUUGUCAAUACAACAUCAGGUGGCUUUUAAAUGUCAGGAAACCUAUCAGAACAAGAACUUGAACAUUUUAAAUCUGCAACGGUUUCUUUGAAUGUAGCAUCACAACAGACAGGGAUGCACUUGCAGAGCUAAUUAUAAGUUGAGUGCAAGAGUGAGCUUGUCUUCUGUCUGAAUGGAUGUCAUGUCCUCUGGCCACAGCUCUUCUUGGGUUUUUUCAUCAGCUCUUUCUAUUUGAAUCUGUUCCAGAGGAUUGUGAUGAUUUGACCGAGCACUGUGUGACGCCUUUAUGUCGUGAAUUAUAAAAAUGACAACACAACAUGAUUAUUCCAGUUACAUCAAACCUAUUAACACUAUAUGCAUUUAUUGAAGGCAUGUUCAAAAACAGACCUGCUGUGUUAAACAGUUUACUACAGCAAAUGUCAAAAUGUAUUACAGUAAUGCUACACAAGCAGGUGUAGAGAAUUCUGUUAAUGAAUUUGCCGACCUCACUAUAUCUGGCAGGUCAGUUACGCAAAGAAGAAAAGAAGAUAAUUUUUUUGCCACGAAGUGCAUUAUUCUACAAGCUGAAUGACUGUACCAUUAACUGAGGUGUCCACUAUUUAACUUUCUAUCUCCUUGUAGCAUUUUCACCUCCUGUUUACUCACUGUGCUGUUGUUCUUUAACGUGACUGUAAAAUAUGUUUUAUUCGUCUGACUGUCGCUUUUUCCAAGAUGAGUUCAUUCAACUUUUGCAAUAAACCGAUCCAGGUCUGAA